GUGAUUUUAACAUUCACCACAACUUGUUUUGGUGGGAUAGCAGUUGGAAUGCAUUAUGGUUGGACAUCACCCAUAACCCCAAUACUAAAAAAACGCAUAAAUCUUUCCGAUUAUCAAAUAGCAACAAUUGAAACGCUUUACAUGAUCGGUGGGUUAUUAUCUCUUCCUUUAACCAUCUACAUUUGUGAUCGAUUUGGAAGAAAAAUUGCAAUUUUAAUCUCAGCUUUAUUUAAUUUAACAUCUUGGAUAAUGAUUGGGUUAUCGAAAACAUUAACAAUGAUUUAUAUAGCAAGAUGUCUUUGUGGAAUCGCCGGUAAUAUUGGAUCUGUUGCUGGGACAAUGUAUAUAGCAGAAAUAUCUUCAAAAUCUAUUCGAGGAUUAUUAACAGGAUGCUCUUUUGUCGCUGGAUUAAUUGGAAUUAUAAUAAUUUAUUCAAUAGCUCCUUUUGUUAAUUUAACCACUUCUUCUAGCGUUGGUGCUGGAUUUAUUUUAAUACAAUUAAUGACAUUAAUUUUUUUACCUGAAUCACCGUAUUAUCUUUUAUUAAAGAAAGAUAAAGAGAAAUCGAAAAAAUCUUUAAUAUUUUUUCGAAAUACACAAAAUAUUGAGUUGGAAUUAAAUGAAAUAAGCGAAGCUGUUGAACGCCAAGAGAAGGAAAAAGGUCGUUUAAUUGAUUUAUUUAAAAGUGAAGGAAAUCGCAAAGCUUUAGUUAUUUUGACAAUUUUGAAUGCUUCUCAACAUAUGGCUGCAAUUACUGUUAUGUUAAUGAAUUUACAUACAAUUUUAAAAGACGCAGAAGGAAUCAUUCCACCUGAAUCUGCAGCAAUAACAUUUUCAGUUGUAAUGUUACUUUCAGCUAUAGUCACAAUUUUAAUAAUAGAUAAAAUUGGACGUAAAAUCUUAAUGAUUUAUUCCAGCACCUUCACAUGCAUCUCUUUAUUAAUUUUAGCAUCUUAUUUUGCGUAUAAAGAACAUGACGGUGAUAUAACAAACGUUAAAUGGAUUCCAGUUGUUGCAGUUAUGCUUUUUGCUAUUGCUUUUAAAGGUGGGAUGGGUAUGGUGCCUAUUGUGAUGAGUGGGGAACUAUUUCCAACUAGUGUUAAAACAUUGGGAAUGACAAUUGUUGACGCGCUUUAUGUGAUUUUCGGUGCUGUUUCUGUUUAUAUUUAUCAAGGAUUGGUGAAUAUUGUCGGGGUUUAUUGUCCGUUAUAUUUAUUUGCGGUGUGUUCUUUUGGAACUUUGUUGUUCUCAAUCUUUUUUAUUCCAGAAACUAGGGGGAAAACCUUAGAAGAGAUUCAAAUGAUUUUAAAAGGUGUAAAAAAUGAAGUGUGUGGAGAUGUUUGUCAAAAUGGUGGGGAUAAGAAAGAGGUUAUUCGAAUAAAAUCGUUUGAGAAUUUAUAAUAAAAUCUGUAUUUAGUGAUUUUAAAAUUAUUUUUUAUUUUGAAAUUCAAAAUAAAAUUUCUUACUAUAAUUCUUUUUUGCAACUUUUUUGACACACGUGGUUAUUAGGUUGCCUAUAUUUAUAACAAUUAAAUUUAUUUUUAAAAUUAUCAAAUCAUAUCUUUUUAGAACUGAAUACGGGCCCUGAACAUGAUGGUAACUCGUUUUUGAUUAAAUGAAAAAGUGUAGGAUGUUUUAGAAUACUCGGCUUUACCUGAUACACAAAAGGAAGUGUCAACAUUAAGG